UGUCACACCGCAUAUUUCGAAAUUAGCACCACCUAGAAUAAAAAACGUUCCCUACACAAAACAAAACAAGAAAAGCAUUAAACAAUAAGCCCCACCAUUAUUUUGCCUCUUAAAAAACACCACUAAUUUAAACCAAUCACCAAACCAAACAAACCAAAAACUCUUAAAAAAUCCCAUCCAUUUGCUAUUUUUUUCGUUUGUUUAAAAUUAAAUUAAAACCGAUCGAUCCCUUUUAUUUCCUAAUCUUGCAUUUCUCCAUCUCCAUUCUUCCCUUCAUUUCCCUCUUCUCUCCCGUCGCUUCUGUUCUUGAAUUCCUCGCCGGCGAGAGUUCGCCGGAGAACUGCUCCGGUGGCCCCUGCGUUUGCGCUCCAGGUUUUGCGGUUCGAAUUCUGGUGCGGUGGUUCGAGCUCGGGGGGUUUGAAUUGGAGCUGUCUGGGUUGUUCUUGAUCGCACUCGCGGGAAGAAGCAGAGGUGAUCUCUGAUGGUCGCGGGCCGAGGAGGGGAGAGAUAGGAGUUGUCAUGGAGCCCGCGACUGAGACCACGGCGGCCUCGCCGGCGGCGGCCGCGCAGAUGGAGCCGGAGCCGGAGGCGGAGUCCGCGGCGCCGGUGGCGUUGGCGGCGGCGCCGGUGGCAAGUUCUCAGCCGCCAGCGGCGGUUGUUCCAGUCGCGGUGGCUGCGCCGGCGGCUGGGAGAGGGGACGGGAAGAGGAAGAGGGGGCGGCCGAGGAAGUACGGGCCGGACGGGAGCCUGCUGCGGCCGCUGAAGGCGACCCCGAUCUCGGCGUCGGUGCCGGACGACUCGGGAGGGGGCCACUACACGCCGGCGGCGGCGGUGGGCGCCGUCAUGAAGCGGGGCAGGGGCCGCCCCGUGGGGUUCGUCAGCCGCGCGUCGCCGGUGGCGAUGGCUGUGACGGCCGCCACGCCCACCGCCGCGGUGGUCGUGUCGUCGCCGGCCACCCAAACGACGCUCGGGCCGCUAGGUGAAUUGGUAGCAUGUGCUUCUGGUGCAAAUUUCACGCCUCAUAUCAUUAACGUUGCUGCGGGCGAGGAUGUUAAUAUGAAGGUCAUAUCUUUCUCCCAACAAGGUCCAAGGGCAAUUUGCAUUCUGUCCGCUAAUGGGGUGAUUUCAAAUGUCACAUUGCGUCAGCAAGAUACCUUAGGUGGUACAGUGACUUAUGAGGGCCGGUUUGAGCUACUCUCCCUAUCCGGAUCAUUCACGCCAACUGAUUGUGGUGGAACGCGAAGCCGCUCCGGUGGAAUGAGCGUCUCAUUGGCGGCCACGGACGGCCGUGUCAUUGGCGGUGGAGUUGCUGGUCUCCUUGUGGCAGCAAGCCCUGUGCAGGUUGUGGUAGGAAGCUUCCUCCCGAGCUAUCAGUUGGACCAGAACGCCAAGAAGCCCGUCAUAGAGAUCACGGCGGUGCCGCCGCCGCCGCCGGCCGUCGGCUUCACCAUCUCCAGCGGCGAUCACAUGGAGGACUCCUACAGCGGCAGCCAGCCGCGGUCGGCGGCGACGGCGAAGGCCAACUCGACGUCGGCGUUCAGGGUGGAGAACUGGACGGCGCCGACGCCGCCGGCGCCUGAGGCGGCGGCGAGGAAGACGCCGUCGUCGGAGGCCAAAGUCCCGGUCGCCGGAGCCUGACGGAGCUUUGCAUUGCUAGCUUAAUCAGCUAGCUUGCAUAGUUGCAUUGCAGGUGUUGAAGUUUGUGUUAGGUUCCUGAAAUGCAUGUGCAGAUAUGAAAAAUUUUCGUACCAUCCAUCGAUCAGUCGUCGUCAGAUCAGCAGCCCCCCUUAUAAUUAAAUCAGUGGUGCAAUUAAAUUAAAUGUUAGUGGAAGAAAUUAUCACACCAUUCGUCGUGGAUUGGUUUAUCCAUUAAUCUGUAACGGUGGAAAGAUAUAAUUAAAUCUUCUUUUUUUUUAUCUCAUGAUUGAUGUCCUUAUAGUUUGUAUUUGCAUACAGGUGCUGGGCAUCAGUUUGCAUGUGAUGUUUAUGAUAUGUGCAGUGCAGUU